GUAUAUUACGCUUUGUGCGUGACGCUAUGCAAGAAUUAAUAAUCCGAUAUUUACUGUUUACAUCCCAUAAUGAACAAUCUGAUGAUGAAUUUGAAGAAUUUGAUAAUGAAGAAUUUGAUCCUAAUCAAAUUGCAAUUUAUCGAGCAACAAGUAUUGCUGAAAGUACUGAUGCAACAAAAGCAUUUGAAAAUUUAUUAGUUAGAUCUGUCUCAA